AUGAACUUUGUGCCGGUAGAUGUGUCAUUCCUGCAAGAAGAGGUCUGCAGCGACAUCAGCACAGCCUUCACUACAGCACCACAGCCUUCACUACAGCAGCACAGCCUUCACUACAGCAGCACAGCCUUCACUACAGUAGCACGGCCUUCACUACAGCAGCACAGCCUUCACUACAGCAUCACAGCCUUCACUACAGCACCACAGCCUUCACUACAGCACCACAGCCUUCACUACAGCAUCACAACAGCAGCACAGCCUUCACUACAGCAUCACAGCCUUCACUACAGCACCACAGCCUUCACUACAGCAUCACAGCCUUCACUACAGCACCACAGCCUUCACUACAGCACCACAGCCUUCACUACAGCACCACAGCCUUCACUACAGCAGCACAGCCUUCACUACAGCACCACAGCCUUCACUACAGCACCACAGCCUUCACUACAGCACCACAGCCUUCACUACAGCAUCACAGCCUUCACUACAGCAUCACAGCCUUCACUACAGCAUCACAUCCUUCACUACAGCAUCACAUCCUUCACUACAGCAGCACAGCCUUCACUACAGCAUCACAUCCUUCACUACAGCAUCACAGCCUUCACUACAGCACCACUACAGCACCACAGCCUUCACUACAGCAUCACAGCCUUCACUACAGCCUUCACUACAGCACCACAGCCUUCACUGCAGCACCACAGCCUUCACUACAGCACCACAGCCUUCACUACAGCAUCACAUCCUUCACUACAGCACCACAGCCUUCACUACAGCAUCACAUCCUUCACUACAGCACCACAGCCUUCACUACAGCCUUCACUACAGCACCACAGCCUUCACUCAUCACAUCCUUCACUACAGCAUCACAGCCUUCACUACAGCAUCACAUCCUUCACUACAGCAUCACAUCCUUCACUACAGCACCACAGCCUUCACUACAGCCUUCACUACAGCACCACAGCCUUCACUACAGCCUUCACUACAGCACCACAGCCUUCACUGCAGCACCACAGCCUUCACUACAGCAUCACAUCCUUCACUACAGCACCACUACAGCAUCAUAGCCUUCACUACAGCAUCACAGCCUUCACUACAGCACCACAGCCUUCACUACAGCACCACAGCCUUCACUACAGCACCACAGCCUUCACUACAGCAUCACAUCCUUCACUACAGCAUCACAUCCUUCACUACAGCACCACAGCCUUCACUACAGCACCACAGCCUUCACUACAGCACCACAGCCUUCACUGCAGCACCACAGCCUUCACUACAGCAUCACAUCCUUCACUACAGCACCACUACAGCAUCAUAGCCUUCACUACAGCAUCACAGCCUUCACUACAGCACCACAGCCUUCACUACAGCACCACAGCCUUCACUACAGCACCACAGCCUUCACUACAGCAUCACAGCCUUCACUACAGCACCACAGCCUUCACUACAGCACCACUACAGCAUCACAGCCUUCACUACAGCAUCACAUCCUUCACUACAGCAUCACAUCCUUCACUACAGCAUCACAUCCUUCACUACAGCAGCACAGCCUUCACUACAGCAUCACAUCCUUCACUACAGCAUCACAGCCUUCACUACAGCACCACUACAGCACCACAGCCUUCACUACAGCAUCACAGCCUUCACUACAGCCUUCACUACAGCACCACAGCCUUCACUGCAGCACCACAGCCUUCACUACAGCACCACAGCCUUCACUACAGCAUCACAUCCUUCACUACAGCACCACAGCCUUCACUACAGCAUCACAUCCUUCACUACAGCACCACAGCCUUCACUACAGCCUUCACUACAGCACCACAGCCUUCACUGCAGCACCACAGCCUUCACUACAGCAUCACAUCCUUCACUACAGCACCACUACAGCAUCAUAGCCUUCACUACAGCAUCACAUCCUUCACUACAGCAUCACAUCCUUCACUACAGCAUCACAGCCUUCACUACAGCAUCACAGCCUUCACUACAGCACCACAGCCUUCACUACAGCAUCACAUCCUUCACUACAGCAUCACAUCCUUCACUACAGCACCACAGCCUUCACUACAGCCUUCACUACAGCACCACAGCCUUCACUGCAGCACCACAGCCUUCACUACAGCAUCACAGCCUUCACUACAGCACCACAGCCUUCACUACAGCAUCACAGCCUUCACUACAGCAUCACAGCCUUCACUACAGCAUCACAGCCUUCACUACAGCAUCACAGCCUUCACUACAGCAUCACAGCCUUCCUCAUGUAUUCCACAGCGAGCGAGUUCCAGUGAGGUUUACGGCCGAGUCCCUGCGUCCUCAGCUCUGUCCCAAAGUGACUCAUGUGUGAAAUGUCCCCAUCUCUCUGUGGAGCUGCCGCGGGGCUUGAAGGGGGGGAUAAGAGCCGUUUAG